AUGAUAACAGCUUUGGAGGAUGAAAAGGUUAGAAAGCAGUUGCGUGGUCAAUUACUUGAAUGGCUUGAUGCUCUUCCAGUUUAUGGAUUCAACAGUUCUUCGUAUGAUAUCAAUGUUAUAAAGAAAUACCUCCCACAAGUGUUGAUGAAAUAUAACAAGAAACACGGAAAUGUAUCAAAGAGUGAAAAGUUAUGGAUUCGUUCAAUUGAGGAAGAGUUGGGACGCAACAUUGAACAAAACAAAAGAAUUGGACGAUACAAUGCUGAUGGGUAUGAUGGAGAGACAAACACAGUCUAUGAAUUCAAUGGAUGCUUCUUUCACGGCUGCCGAAAGUGUUAUCACCCUGAUGAUGUUAAUCCCCAUACAGGAGACAAAAUGAACGUGUUGUAUGAGAAGACGAUGAGAAAGGAGGCAAAGUUGAAGCAGAUGGGAUACGGUAUGAAAUCUGUUUGGGGUUGCGAGUUUAGGAUGCCAACAAACGAGGAGAUAAAUGGCAUCAUCAAAUGCAACAAUAAAUGCAGAAUGAUAUCUAAUGGUUCCUUUACUUUCAAAGACAUUCUUGCAUAUCUGGCUCCAAAUACCUCAUUAGAAAAGUUUCUGAAGGCAUUUGACACUGAAGUUCACAAAGGCAUCUUCCCACUCAAGGUAACCCAAAACUUGACGAAAUACGCUGAUGAGCAUCCAGAACUGAAGCAAUAUUCUGGUAAUGUCAUCCAACUUCUCAAACAUUCACCCAUUCCAUCCAAAAAGUGGUUUUACAAUGACUUAAAAGGUGAAGCAAUAUCAUCAAAACAACACAUUGAAAUACACUCUAAAUAUACAAAUUUAUACGACUUGCUAAUGGAUUACAACAAUUUAGAUGUUAAACCUGGCGUGGAAGCGACAAAGAAACUUUGCAAUUUCUUUCGAUCUUUGAAUCUCGAUAUGCACAAGGAUGGCAUUUCCAUUCCUGGACUUACUUUGAAAUAUCUUUGGAACACAAAAGAGGAGUGCGAGUUUCAGUUGUUCAAAGGAAACGAAGAACUGUAUCAAAAGUACAGAGAUAAUCUUGUGGGUGGUCCAAGUAUCGUUUUUCAUCACUAUCACGAGAGGAACAAGACAAGAAUAAGAGGAGGCAAGCUUUGUCAGAAGAUUCUUGGAUAUGAUGCGAAUGCGUUGUAUCUCUGGGCCCUCAGUCAAGAUAUGCCUUGUGGUGAGCAUAAAAUGAUUGAGCCGUAUCCUGAUAUACUGGAAGAUGUUAUGAAUGGAUCGUUUUUUGGAGAGAUUGAAUGCGAUAUUGCGGUACCUGAGCAUGUAAAGGAACAUUUUGCAGAGAUGCCACCGAUAUUCAAAAAUACAGAGAUUCAAUACAAAGACCUCAGCAGUGACACAAAAGCACAGGUCAAACCAAAUUACAAGAGUAAGAAACUAAUUGGGAGUAUGUUUGGCAACAAGAUGUUGUUUCCUACUGAAUUACUGAAAUGGUAUCUUGAACACGGAUUGAUGGUAUCAAAUAUCACAUAUGCUGUCAAGUACGAACGCAAAGCACCAUUUAAGUCGUUUGCUCAACAAGUAUCUAAUGAAAGGAGAGCCGGAGAUACAAGUCCUGAUUAUAAACUACGUGGAGAAAUGAUGAAGUUGAUGGGAAAGUCUUCCUAUGGCAAAUGCAUCACAGAUUUCUUGAAACACGAGACAGUAAAGAUUGUUGGUCCUAAUAACUACAACAAAAAUGUCAGAAGGGUAAAAGAUUACAUUGGUCAUCAAGACCUUGUUGAUGGAUUUGAAUUUCGGUUCAAAAAGACGGCAUUCAAACAAAGCUUGCCCAUACAGAUUGGCUUCCAAGUGUACCAACUGGCAAAGUUACGAAUGCUGCAGUUUUACUACGACUUUGUGGAUUAUUACAUUGAUAGAAGUGACUUUCAGUAUUGUAUGAUGGACACGGAUUCGGCAUAUUUUGCCAUUUCUGGGAGUUCGUUACAAGACGUAGUGAAACCACAUCUAUUAGGCGAGUUCAAACAGAAAAGGCAAGUCUGGCUGGAAAGAGAUGAUACUCUAGAGAACAAGUUAUACGACAGUAGAGCUCCUGGGCUGUUCAAGUUGGAAUAUGAAGGAGAUUGCAUUAUAUCAUUGGCCAGUAAAAUGUACUAUUGUGACGAAAACAAGUUUAGUUCAAAGGGAAUCAAUAAGGGCAAAAUGAAAUUACAAAAUACAAGUAUCUGA